AUGGCAGAAAUUUGGACGCGCCAGCAGCAGCUGCAGCGAUCCAUUGAUCGUUUUCUCGAGAAUUUUAAAAAACUGGGACGGUCGAACUUGACCGCCGCGAAGAUCCGCUCACGCAUUGCUGCGCUUCGAGAUCUUUGGCAGCAGUUCCAAAGUGGGAACGCCGUGCUCCUUCAGUCCACUCCGGCAGCCCAACAGGACGCCAUUGAAUACUUCAGCGGGCAGUGCUUCGACGCGACGGAGAUCUACCGGACAGCGCUGGAUCACCUUACUGAGGCUCUCGAGGAACUCGAGCCUCCCGUGAGUCCUCAAAACGACUCUGCGUUUAAUAACACAGCGCGUAUCAAUUCGGGGCCUCUCGCACAGCUUCCGCCUAUUAAUUUGCCUCCGUUCGACGGUCAGAUCGACCACUGGGAGUCGUUUCGUGACCGGUUCACAUCGUUGAUAAUCCGUAAUCCGGAAUUAAACAAUUUCGCGCGUAUGCAUUUCUUGACCACGUGCGUGAAGGGUCAAGCGCUUGCAUGCAUUCUCAAUCUGCCGGUCACUGCCGCUAAUUUCGAGAUCGCUUGGCAGGCGUUGGUUUCACAGUACGAAAACAAAGGCCGGCUUCUUCAACGACAUUUAUCGUCUCUACUUCAGCUACCCGCUGUCACGCGCGAAUCAGCUGUUGAGCUGCAGGCGCUCCGCGACCAAGUUAAAAUAACUUUGGCGUCUCUUAUUCAUUUGCCGCGCAGUCCGUCCGAUCUGUGGAGCGAUAUGUUCAUACAUUUAGUGGUUCAACGGCUCGACGCGUCGUCACGAAAAGCGUGGAAUCUGCGGGUGGCGGAUCACGACGAUUUUCCGUCCUUCGCGGAUCUCGAUCGCUUUCUUGCAUCUCGCGCUCGCGCGUUCGACGAGAUCGCGAGUGCGGCUCAGCCCCGAUCAAAUAACCGCAGAUGUCAAUCGCGUCAGGUUAGCGCCGCAACUGUGUCCGCCUCGUCUUCACAACAGUGUCCGAUCUGCAAUUCGCGACACUUUUUCAGCGCUUGUCCGACGUUUACGCAAGGGACACCGAUGCAGCGUCGCGAGCUCGUUAAGAAGCACGGUCGGUGUUUCAAUUGCUUGAGUCGUAAUCAUUCGGCAGCCGAAUGUUCGAGCAAAUAUUCUUGCCGCACUUGCCAGCAUCGACACCAUACGUUGCUUCACUCGAGCUCGACGUCUGCUGCGAGACUCGAAGCCGCAAAAGUUGUAACGCCGCCGACUCCGAGCGACGGCUCGCGAUUAGCAGUGCAAUCAUUGCUCGCGUCGCGCUCUCAAGAGAACAGUACUCAAAUUUUGCUCGCCACUGCUCGCGUGCUGGUUCGCGGAGUCGACGGUCGUGCGGUCGAGGUUCGCGCACUCCUCGAUCAGGGCUCGGAGAUGACUUUCAUCUCCGAGACCUGGCUCAAGUACUUAGAUUGA